AUGGUAUUUCUUAACAAGUACUUGCUGAACAGUGAGGAAUUAAAACUGGAUGCACCAUUUUUCGUUACCUGGUACCAGUGCGUGGUUACAGUGGUUUUAUGUGGAAUACUGGGCACUGCAUCUUCAUUACUCCCUGACUUCAUCACUUUUCCAGCAUUCAAGAUAGACCCCAAACUGUGUAAAGAGUGUUUACCGUUAUCCAUGGUGUUUGUUGGUAUGAUAACAUUUAACAACCUCAGCUUAAAGUUCCUCGGAGUGGCUUUCUAUUUCCUGGGUAGAUCACUAACCACAGUGUUCAAUGUGUUAUUUACCUAUGUGAUUUUGAACACGAAGACAUCAGGGAAGGCUAUGGCAUGCUGUGCCCUCAUAAUAGCAGGAUUUCUUUUAGGGGUUGACCAAGAGGGAGGCACAGGUCAUCUUUCAAAAUUGGGCGUUGUGUACGGAAUAUCUGCGAGUGCUUGUGUGGCCUUAAAUGCUAUAUACACCAAGAAAGUUUUGCCAAAAGUUGACAACAACGUGUGGAAGCUGACACUCUACAACAAUGUCAAUGCUACUGUAUUGUUCAUUCCCCUAAUGCUAUUGUUUCAAGAGGUAACCACUGUUUGGUCGUUUCCCUUGCUGGGCAGCAGAUACUUCUGGAUGGUUAUGACUAUCACUGGCUGCUUUGGGUUUGCCAUUGGCUUUGUUUCUGGCCUCCAGAUCAAAGUUACAUCCCCUUUGACCCACAACAUAUCUGGGACAGCCAAGGCAUGUGCACAAACUGUGAUUGCCUGUAUAUACUAUUCUCACAUUAAGUCCACCCUGUGGUGGACCAGUAACAUUGUAGUGCUGGUGGGCUCAGGCCUGUACACAGAGGUGAAGAGGCAAGAAAUGAAAGUUGCUCAUGAGGCUGCUGUAGCUGAACUAGCAUCUUCUACACAUGAUACGGAUCAGGACAAACCCAGAGUCUCCAUGGCUUAGGGCAGAUAAGAAAUACUCUCAUCAGGUCUCCAAUUUGAGCAUUCAGCAUUAAGUAUAACACUAGCCACUAGUCAGCAUAUCUAUUCUGAUUUUUAUUCAGACUGCAGACCAUAAUAGAUGGCUCACUCAACACCUUGGGGAGAAUAUGUGUGCAGCAAGCCACACACACUACCAUAGUAUGUGUCAGUUUGUGUUGGCAUGGUUCUAGUGUGAGCUAAUCAACCCAUGUGCACAUUUUUACCAAUCCUUCACCUGUUGAUUUCUACGCUAAUCAUGAUAAUGGUACACAAAGUACUUGGAUGAUAUAAUUCUGGGCUUCUACAUGAAUUUAAAAGUGUAGAAAACCAGAUACAUGUAGUAUUACUUUAUUUCACCUAAAGUUUGGUGUGUAAAACUGCACUUUUGGAAGUGUAUAAAGGCCUCAAGACUUCACUUUUUCAACAUUUAAGUUUUUCUGAUAAGAAAUUAAUAAAACUUAACAAAAAUCGUAAGUAGAACUAUAAGGUGAAAUAAUAAAUUGAAAGAUGCUAAACUUCAGGUGAAAUAGAGUAAAUUAUUUAUUAGCUAUUUCCAUAGUUCAUAAUUUGUCUGCUACAUUUGUAGCACACAUGUUAUGUGUGUUAUAGUCACAUAGUUCAGGUAUGCUAUGAUAGCCCAAUCAUACAUGUGGUGGUGGGCAUUAUUAGCAAUUUUGUUUUGGCUGAAUUGCUCUGAACGUAUAUGAACUAAGACAUACCUUGCGUUCUGUUGCACAGAUUUUUUUUUGAGUGCUCAUGUACACAGUGAUAAGAUUUUUGAUACAUAAACUAUAUAUUAUAUUUACGAGUAUGGGUCAGACCUGUCUGCUGGGUGAAAGUUAUGUUGAUUGUCCAGUACCCUGGCAGCAAAUAUGCAUACGUCAUGUGUUCCUGUGUCAAGUAGAAAAUACUCCUAUGCCAAGGAUAAUGGACAACAGCCGUUGUCAAAGUACUUUCUAGACAAAUAUGUGGUGUUUGUCAAUGAGGAGAUUUAUAAGGGGGUUGAUAAAUAUAUUGUGAUUAUAUUAGUGCAUUUAUUUACAUUUUUUUAUUAAUGUGGGAUAACUUUUUUUUUAACAGAAUGAAUGACUGGUUAUUUUUGCAAAUAUUUUUCAUUGUUGACAUUUUGUUAGUUACCAAAGAAAAUAUGUGUCUAAAUGUUUGGUAAAAAGAGGGCUGGUUUUUGAUAGUAAGUAUGUGUAGUAAGUAUAUAUUAAAAUUUAAUACUUAAUGUGACAGUAGAAGGCUAGUGCUUACAGUGUACCAGUCGUGAGAACAAAGGUUAACAUAUCAGAAAAUUUGUCGAGAGGAUCACUGGCUCUGCCAGCAGCUAACAAAUCAUUUCCACGUACCAGAAAUCAACUGUAGUUUAUUUAAAACCGAUUGUGACUACCAUGUCUCCAUAAGGGAGUUACAAUGAAGUGUACCUACUAUUACUUACUGGAACAGGGCUUACUCGUUGCUCCUCAGCGACUUCAUUUUUUUGGCUCUGCCUUUCUGCAAGUGAUACAUACUCCGUUCUGUAAAUCUUCAACGUUUUCAACCACGAAAGCACUGUUUUGCAGUGGAAUUUAAGCAUACAAUGAUUAUUAAAAUUAUGAUAAAAUGAUUUGUUUUUGUCAGUAAAGAUGCAAACUUAUAAAACUGUAAAUGGGAUCUCGUCACCCAUUAGCUCUCUCACAAUGUUUCAAAAUACUGGUUUGCAGAGGCUGUUGAAAAAGUUGAAGAACUGGGGUAAUUUACUCUCCCUCACUUCUCCACUUCUCUUCAGUGAAGUAUAUGAAUCAUUUAUCAAAUGUCCACAUGCCAUUUGGUAAGUCUGUUAAUACUUCAGUUCUUCUGUUGGCUUGACAUGUUUUCAGAUAUUUGGCUGUGGAUUAGGCCAAGGUUCUGAAGUAGGCCUGCUAGUGGGGAGCUCAUUAGACUCCGUCCAUGUUUAACCAAAGCAGCUGGAGAAGCCGUGAAACUCUUUUGUUCUUUCCUUAUUAUGUCACAAUUAUUGGUGUGUAUUUCCUCAUAAAACACCUACAUGUGUAGUACACAAACAUUGCAACAUGCAAGCAUCACGGAAGAAAACAAUGUGUUCUGUUGUGAUUUUGAUUUUUUUUUGUACAUAUAGCUUGUCCAUUUCAGCAGAUACAGUAAACAACAUUUUGCUUUACAUAAAACUCACUAAAUGUCACUAAACAUGAGAUAAUAUAUUUUCAUUUUUUAUAAGUAUGAAAGUGCUAAGUGAAGAAAUACAUACACCCUUAUGCCACAACUAGUAUGAUCUACGGAAUGAAUUGGACUAUUUAAGGUGGUUAGCGUGUCAGGCAGCAAAGGAUCGUCGUGGGUUUACCCUGGGGCUCUGCACGGUAACCUCCCACACUAAUGCACAAUAAGUGAAAUAGUCUCAACUAUGAAGGGAUUAUUUCAUGAUGCAGAUCAUCCAUCAUAUUGGAUGCAACUUUCAUGCAAAAUGAAAUUCAAAUACUAUUCAGAAUAAUAUCAGUGUUGGUUAUAUUUUCUGUUCUGAGCAACGCAUGCUCAAAAUUUUUUAUUGUUUUAACACCUUUGUUUAUUAUUCAGGUGAAAAUAAAAAAAAGAUUUAAUUAUGUCUUAUUUAUCGUCAUUUAGAAGGCUGCUGUUGUAGAAUUUAUACAUUCCUUUGCCCACAUGCUAAACAUUUGUAUUGUUAACUUUCAUUUAUUAUGAUUCUAUGAAAGUAUCCCCUGGAAUAUAUUUCCUCUUGAUUUCAAAUGUUUCUCCUCUGGAAUAUGUUUCCUCUUUGUUACAAUUUAUUUUCUUUUUGUGGGGGUGGGGAGGUGUUCAUGUAGAUAAAGAAAUGUUUCCUGUGGGAUAUUAAUGUAUGUCUAAGACAGUUGUUUUACUCAACAAUGUUUAUAUGUUUGUUAGAGAUGCCUUAAAAUUUAUGCUUACUACACACAUUGAACCAUUAUUAUUUGCAUCUUUCAUAUGAUGUUUCUAGAAGUAGCAUCAUGUUGGGAUUUUCACUUCAUGUAGUGAAUGUGACUGUUGCAAGUACAUGUAAUAAUAAAAUGUUUCAAAUAUUUA